AUGCGCAACUACAAGAGGCGUUUGGCCAAGGACGCGAAGCUCCGGAGCGGUACCGCUGACGAUCAGAAGCCGCGGCUCAGCGACGCCUCUCUGGCGAGCACCCGCGACUCCGACGGAGAGCAGCCUCCGGAGGAGCCUGCAGAGGCAGCGGACGAGGAGUCGCCGCUAUCAAAAGAGCCGUUCCUCAACAACGACGAGCUCGUGGACUUGAUGCAUGGGGGCCCUUGGCCAGCGGCGGCGAGCCCUCGCAGGUCCAUCACGGAAAUGUCGCUAGAAGAGUGCAUGACUCCACUGCCAUCGCCGUCAAGCCGCAGCAGCGAGGCAACUGGAAACCUUGGUGAUGCGCUGCCUGUCCAUCAGUUUGAGGGAGAGGCGGAGACCCAGAGUGGGACGAUGCCCUUCGAGGAGGAGCAGGGAGAUCGGCACGGACAAGAAGAUUCACCUUCUCCCUGGCCCUGCGACAGCAACGGCAACGACGCUCUGAAGGAUGCAAGCAGAGCAUGCAGUUCCGAGACCGAGAUGAAUGACGACGAUCAGCCCAACAUCGAGGAAAAUUUGCCUGGAGCGCUCCGGGCCGAAGAGACCUCAAGUGCGGUUGAGAUGUUACUGCCCCCAGAACCGGUCCCCAAAAAGCUGUUCCUCAACAACGACGAGCUCCUGGACUUGAUGCAUGGGGACCCUUGGCCACCGGCGGCGAGCCCUGGCAGGCCAUCGCCGUCAAGCCGCAGCAGCGAGGCAACUGGAAACCUUGGUGAUGCGCUGCCUGUCCAUCAGUUUGAGGGAGAGGCGGAGACCCAGAGUGGGACGAUGCCCUUCGAGGAGGAGCAGGGAGAUCGGCACGGACAAGAAGACGAAAGUGGCGCGCCUUCGCCUUCUCAGAGUACUUGCGACAGUGACGGCAACGAGUCUCCGAAGGACACAAGCAGAGAGCUUCCAGACCCUGAGCAGCCCACUAUCAAGGCCUGGUGUGACGACAACACAUGCGUGGCCCCUGCAGAUGCUUGCAUCGCAUGCGGGCGCAAGGCUCCUGCCGAUCUUUUUCACCCGGCCUGCGAUUUGUUGCGACUCGGCCUCGCAAGUUCCCAGAGAGCAGGCAAGCCAAGUGCACGGCCCAGCUUCUGUUGGCAAGCGCCGAGGCCUGCUCUUUUGGAGCACUUGUCUGCGGCUCGUCUGCAAUGCCAGAUUCCGGCAAAGUCCGAUGCAAUCGUCGCAUUUUCCGCUGGGGUGGACCGCAUACUCUCAGACUCCGAACCGUUUCCCGACGACGUCGAAUGCCAGAAACGCUUCGAUUGUCAGGACUGGUGCUUGGCGCUUGCGAAAACGGACACAACCCAUUUUUCUGAAGAUUAUGUACGCCAAACAGUCGGCAAAAACCUCACCGACUUGUUAACUCACUGCCGGGACUCUGAUCAAGGUGUGCGUGGGGCAGCGCACCAUAUCGUUAAAGAGCAUGCCUACGACGGUCUCGGCUUCGUGAAGGAGCUGCUCGCAAACACCGUGCUCAGUCAGAUGACAGACAUCUUGUCAACCGGCAGAGGGACACAGCCGACGUGGAAUGUCAUGAAGAGGUACAUGGAGCAUCUCGAGCCGCUUCUGCGAUGGCUGACGAAGCGUCAGCGUCAAGUUUGGGCAUCUCUGCUUGUCAAAGUCUUAUAUAGCCUUCAACCAGCAUCAGCUCCGAACAGAGCUGCCUGCCAGAAGGUGGUGGUUGAUCAUCUGAAGCUCCUGUGUUUUGCGGAUGACGAUCCCAAUCGAACCUACGCAGAUGAAAAGCGGCAGCUAUUGGCCCUCUCGGACUCCGCGGACUUCGAAGAGGUGAAGAACGGCAUGCCAAGUCUCUUCUGCGGCACCAUGGCAAGAACCCCGACGUUCCAGACGAUGUGCCUGGUUUGCGAGGAGAAGGCCAAGGCCGUGGACACAGUCGAGACGCAGGAGAACGCGGCAACCGCCAUCCAGGUGGUCGUGCUGCUCGCAAAGGCACUGGCCUGGAGGCACACUGGAUUGCGCAUGGACGAAUUUCCAGCUUUUUUCAAACUUGUGUUCGAGGUCACGAUGUCAUCUGCCAGCGUGACCUCGAACCUGGUGGCAAAGGUCACGGAGGGCAGCUUUGCUGCCACGCAGGGUGCCCAGAAGGGGGGAAGGCUGCUCAGCUAUGAAAUGCUGGACGUGCCAAGGCACAAGAUCCAGACUGGGCAGACUGUGCACGCGGAUAGGCAUUUGCACUGUCACGUGCUUCGAUACGGUCUUCGUCUUGAGAUUCCACAGGCAGAGGCCAAGGCCAUCGACAAAGUCGAGACGCAGGAGAACGCGGCAGCAGCCAUCCAAGCCCUGGCGCGUGGUCGUGCUGCUCGCAAAGGCACCGGAUUCGAGGUUUCCUAUCGGCCAAUCGACAUGAGCAGCGUCAAGUCUUACAUGCUAUGCUUGUACGUGCCGCAUAUGGUGGAAUUCGGUGCCACGCUCGGGGUUGCUGUCAGCAACAUCAGCUUCGUCGACAAGGCAGCCGUGACAAUGAGCGUUCACCCGAUCAUCACUUCCACCUGGGGGCCGAGGGCCUGCCUAGACAUUUCGAGGAUGGUUGAGGUGCGGGACUGGAGGUACGAUCAAGACUAG